UUGUGAGCAUUGGUGCUGAACGUCAUAUCCGUAAACAACUUUGUUUGUGGUAGUUUGGGAUACUAAUAAAUGUUGUCCUUUAUGCAAAGAUUUAUAAAAAUUUGCGCGGCCAAUUGUUAGUUUAUAUGUGAAGGAAGAGCUGGUUUUAUACUAACGUUAUGACAUCGUCUGCUUCAUGCUAAUCAAUACUGCCGAUUGAUGGACUGUAAUUGUAACGAUGUUUGUUGGAGUAGUUUUUAUUACUGCGGCACAUUCGCAUUGUUCAGCCGUAGGUCAACUGCGUUUGUAUUGGUGCAGUAUUAUUACACAUAUGUAUGCUGCCGGUUGUAGUUAUUUUUCACAGGGAGAGGCUAGAGUGAACUGCUUUUCGUGGAGACUAUUCGAAGCGGCUUGAAUCCCAACCGAUCAACUGUACGAAAAAGUUAACCUCAUAAUGAGUAACUGGACCGUUAAAAAAGUCUGCCCUUUGCCAUCAGAGCUGUCAGGAAUUAAGAAAAAUAUUCCGUGCCCUGAAGAAGGCUGCAGUGGCACAUUUCUUAAUACGUCGAAUUUGGAUAUGCAUCUUAGUAAACAUCAUAAAAAAGCGAAUAUUGAUUUACUGAAGAAAGGCGAUUCACAAACAAUAUUUCAGUAUCAUUGCCCAGUCGAGAAGUGUCUAUAUAAUAUGAAAUCCGAUCGAUUUUUCAAGAACAUGAAAUAUCUGAAGCAGCACUACUUAAAAGUACAUGCAGAGAAGAUGUACCUUUGUGAAAAAUGUCACAAGGGCUUUUCGACAGAGACUGCUCAGAGGAAGCAUAUGAGAACUUGUGGGAUGAAAUUCACAUGUUCAUGCAAUUUCUCUUAUGAAUCAUAUGAGGCACUGCUGACACAUGCCAAACGCCAUCGACAUACAUUCGAUGAAAAAUUCAGGUUUUAUGGGAAGAGCAAUGCUGUUCCCAAUGAAGCAGAAGUGUCUAGUAAAGAUAUGCCAAGGCCUUUUGCUGUCCCUAUUCAUCCUCUUGCAGCAGCUACAUUGAGUGAACUCUCACCACACUCAGUUGCUACCACAGUCAGUAGGGCUGUACAGACAGACAGAGUUGCAGAAGCUAAAAGAACAAGAAAAAGUGGUGUCCACCCAAAGGCAUCAAAACGUAAAACCUGUGCUCAGACACAGACAGGUUCUAUACCUCGCAACAGGCACCCAACCACAAGUGCAGAGACUCAAACAAUAGGAGAUUAUAUUCUGAAAAAAGCAAUGAAAGCUGCUGACAUUCCAGUUAGUCACAGAGGUGUUAGUGUGCCCGAAUUAAAGACAGAGACUACUGCAAAGAAAAGAAGAAAGAGUAUGGAAACUCAGACCACACAGCCAGUGGCUAAUUCAGUAUUUAGUAAAUGUAAUGAUGUUAACAUCAGUAUUUCCACUAAUGGGUUCAACAAUAAUCAGAUGUAUAACACUACAGAAGAUUCUCUACCUGGAUCAGAUAAUUUUACAGCACUGAAUAAUAGUCCCACACCUAAUUUCUCUCUUUUUGAUGGAUCAGACUCAUUUAGCUUGGAUAUUGAUAGUCUUUCGAGCCUCUGGCAGAAAAGCUCUUCAGGCACUCAAACAAGUCCAGUUAGUACAGGCAAUAUUUUACUGAAAGAGGAGAUGUUAAAUCACAGUGUCACUCAGACUGACUGGAAUAACGUACUUCUGGAGUCUAAACCUUUCACACACUCACCCAGUAAUAUUAAUUCAAGUUCACAAACUGUGAGUGACUUAAGCACCUACUUUGAAAAUCCAGUAGAAACUGGCUUUAUAGAAAAUGCAAAUGAAACUAAUCAUUUCAGUAGCCCCUCUUGCAGCACAGAAUUGAAUGGUGUGCCAGAAUUUCCUGGAGAUUCAAACUAUUCUGAUAGUAACUUGGACAGUAUCUUGACACAGACAGCAGGUCUGUUUGAUGAGAAUUGGUCUUGCAGCACAGAAACACAGACCGAACUUGAUUUUAAUAGCUGCUUUUUUAAUGAUGAUGAUACAUCUUUCACACAUUAUUUUAAUACAGAAACUCAAACCUCUGAAGAUGUCGAUAAUCUGGGACAACUUCUUUAUUCCAAUACAUGUACUCAAACAAAUGAUAUUAACAAACUGUCAGAAUUUGCAGACAUUCAAACUCAGACUGCAGGCCCACAUUUUAGCAAAGAUUCUGUAUUAAUUUCAGCAGAAACUCAAACAGCAAUUUCAGAGACUUCUAAUUCACAGAUUUGCCAUUCAUCUAAGCAACUAGUGAGCAACAAACCUGCUGCAGCUACAGUAUUUAAUGAGAAUGAUGCACAAACAAACGGAAAUGAGUUUAAAGACUUUAUUAUUGACCUAGUUAAGCGAGAUAUGAAUGAUAAACUUUUAUGAGAGUUGCUAAAAAGCUUUUAGUGAUGCUGACUGUCAUGGAUCACUAAAAGCAUUUUGAUGUUCAACUUGUACUGUCUAGUCAAAGCUUAACCCUGCUUAUUUAAUAUGUGAUAAAAAGCUUUAAAAGUGACACACAGAGAAAAGACAACUAUUUAUGCAUUUAUGUAGAAAACUUGAACAUAUUAGCAAAUACAGUGAUAUUUCCUUGUCUGUUGUUUCCUGUUUAAAGUCACCAAAAUUAUAUAAAGUGCUUCAGAUGUAAAAAUUAAUGCAUAUAUAAAAUUUAAAUAUCACUUACUCACAAAAGAACCUGAAGAGAGGUUCAUAUGAAGCUGAAUUUCUUUUUAGUUGCAUAUUCUUUUUGUUUUCAAAAUGGUAUUCCAGUGAAUUGCUUAUCAAAUAAGCUAAAGGAUAUUAAUAUGAGAAGAACAAAUCAAUUGUACAUCUCAAACUGGAUAAAAAGUCCAUAAAAAGAAAAUGAAAACACAAUUUAAUAUAUAUGACUAUUUACUGGGGGCACAUGGUGCUUGCAUGCGCUUACACACACACACACACACACACACACACACAGUGAGUGAGUGAGGUUAGUAAUGCUUUAUAAAAUGGUUUGGCACAUUGCACCUGGUUGAAAAAGUGAAUUGUUAAAUGUAAGGAAAAAAUACUUCACUUCUAUGUUUUUAAAAUGUCUGACCUCUGUUGAAUGUUGCUUACUGAUCUCAUAAAUAAAUU